AUGAUAAUAAGAGGUUGUCUGAGAUCGCAACUACCCAGAGUUGCUGCAAAGAGGUCAUUCAGGACUGUCGCACAGCCCGCAAGAACAGCAAGACGAUAUUCGACAGCAAAUGCGCCUCCUAUGGCUUCAUCAACACCACAAAGUCAGGCUUCCAUGCUCGCUACAAUCACGACGGAUUUGGACAGGAUAGCGCCGAGAUUUGAAAUGCAGCCGGACCAGAUCACUAUCAUCCAGUCGCCCGCAGAAUUCUACGAAACACUCAAAUCCAAGAUUUCGAAAGCCCAGCGUCGGGUCUAUCUUUCGACGCUCUACAUUGGCAAGACGGAGCACGAACUCAUUUCUACAAUCCGCACGGGACUGCAAAACAACCCCAGCCUACACGUUUCCUUCCUUACUGACUCUCUCCGUGGUACGCGCGAAACUCCUAACCCAUCAAGUGCAUCCCUCCUCGCUCCUUUGAUUACAGAGUUUGGUGCAGACCGAGUAGAAGUGCGUAUGUACCACACGCCUAACCUUACCGGCCUCCGAAAGAAGUUUAUACCUAAGCGCAUUAAUGAAGGUUGGGGUCUGCAGCACAUGAAGUUAUAUGGAGUAGACGACGAGAUCAUUAUGUCAGGCGCAAACCUCAGUUCGGACUACUUCACCAAUCGGCAAGAUCGAUACCAUCUUUUCCGUUCUAAGGAUCUAACGGACUACUUUGCUAAAAUUCAUGAUGGUGUUGCAAAAUUAUCCUUCGACAUCCAGCCCUCCGACAAAGAAGGUAGUGGUGGAUACACAAUGACCUGGCCAUCCGGUAACCCCGCCCCUUCACCACUCGACUCGCCCAGCAAGUUCAAGGCAGGCGCAUCAAAACACCUCAGCCAUCUUUUGACUCCUUCCAACUCUCCACCUACAGCUCAGUCAGCAGCAGCGAACACAACAACAAUCUACCCCGUCCUCUCCCUUGUCCCCCUCCUCUCAACAUCUACCGAACUUCCCGCCCUGACCAAAAUCCUUACAUCCCUCACUCGCCCACCCUUUACCGGCUCGACAUGGACGUUCACUGCUGGCUACUUCAACAUGACGUCUUCUUUCCGGCGUCUCCUGCUCUCCACACGCCCACGCAGUGGCACCGUACUGACAGCGCACCCGCACGCAAACGGCUUCUACGGAUCAGCAGGCGUAAGCGGCAUGCUUCCCGAUGCGUACACGCAUCUCGCCAAAAUGUUCCUGCGUAAAGUCAAGCACGACGACCUAUCCUCCAGCAUCACGCUGAAAGAGUGGAAGAAGGGCAUGGUGAACCAAGAAGGCGGAUGGACGUACCACGCUAAAGGGCUUUGGGUGUCCUUCCCUUCAGCUUCCCCUUCAGCAGAUGUUGAAGCCGACGCCGUCGAGAAAUUCCAAGAGCCCAGCCUCACGGUCAUCGGUUCGUCAAACUACACGAAGCGUUCCUAUGAACUCGAUCUGGAAGCUAAUGUCAUAAUCGCAACGAGUGAUGCUGGAUUGAGGCGCCGGUUGGGCGAGGAGGUGGCGUGGCUUAAUGAGCAUGCUAAGCCUGUCGAUGAGAGUGAGUUUGAGAAGCCGGAGCGCAAAGUUAGUGUUGGGGUCAGGCUGAGCAUGUGGGCUGUGAGGGUGCUUGGUGGGGCGUUGUAG